GUAACCAAGGAGACGGGGGCUGUGGUGCUAGUCGUUGCUAUCCGGUAAGAUAUCCGUUAAACUCAAGAGGAGGCUGUGGAGGACUCAGGGGGCCUCAUGUUUUUGUUUACGGGGUCAUUUGUAACAUGGCAGAGCUGCACAUCAUAGGCCAAAUCGUAGGAGCCAGUGGUUUCCCACAGAACAGCUUAUUUUGUAAAUGGGGAGUUCACACGGGAGGAGCAUGGCGUCUUCUUUCGGGGCUGAAGGAGGGUCAGACCCAGGUGGAUAUUCCCCAAACAGGAGACAUGGCGUACUGGAGUCACCCUAUCGAUGUGCACUACGCGACUAAAGGACUCCAAGGCUGGCCGAAGCUUCAUCUCCAGGUUUGGCACCAGGACUCUUUCGGACGCUGCCAGUUGUACGGUUACGGAUACUGCCACGUCCCGUCCAGCCCCGGACAUCACCGGAUAAGCUGUGCGACCUGGAGGCCGCUCGGCUCCUGGCAAGAGCAGUUGUCCCAAAUGUUCGUCGGCGGAGGACCGCAGCUCCGCAGCCCGGACCUGGUGUACAGCGGGGCGGACAGAUACAGGCUGCACACCGAAGCCAUGGGCACCGUGGAGCUGGAGCUCGGGAUCAUUAUGAGACACUUUGACAAAUAUGGCGUCGAGAGUUAAAAAAAUGACUUUAAGAACUUGUGAUGUUAUAUAUUGCAAGCUGAGAUCUUACACGUUUUUACUAACGUUUUGUACUUUUGUAUCAAUUGCAUUUCUUGUUUAACCUUUUGUAAAUAAAGAUAUACUAUCGUA